AUGAGAAGCAAUGAUCACAUGGGUAUGUCCGGUCCUAUGGUGAUGCCUGGCAAUCGUGGAGGUUCUGGUGGUGGUAUGCAUCGAGGCGCAAGCCGUGGAAGCAGUGGCAUUCAAGGUAUCUCUGUUGUUGGUGGUGGCCCACCGAAUAUGAGCGGUAACUAUGUGGGUCUCCGCGGUGGUGGGAUGUUGAGUGGAAGUAAUUCUGGGCGUGGCCAUUGCCUUGCGAUCGGUCGACUUCGAGGUAGCAGUUCUGGCGCAGGCAGACAACGACCAGCACCCUACUAA